CCCCUUGCAAUGACGUCACAUAGCUACCACGUUUUGAUGUCGUCCGCCAUUUUGGGAGUCAAAUUACACACAGUUUUGUACACGCAUAUACGUGACGGCGCCGCCACAUGACGUCUUCCGCUCAAUUUCCCUUUGACCCGUCACCUUUGCCCUCCUUUUUUGGUUAAUUUAUCGAGAUCUCGGUACGGUACGUCGCCAGGCUCGGGUCAAGGUUUGUACAAAAUGGUACAUACUUGUGUUGUGGUGCGUUGUAAACACAGGAAAACAGCCGGGUCGGGCAUUUCUUUCUAUCGGUUUCCUACGGACGAAGAGCGUCGGCAAAAAUGGAUCAAUGCAAUAAAACGUGAACCGGGUUGGAUGCCGAAUGACGGGAGCCGUCUCUGUAGUGCACAUUUCAUUUCUGGAAAACAGAGCAGAAAUCCUCUGUCACCGGAUUAUGUUCCCUCAGUUUUUCCAGACACGACAUCUCCCGACAAGAAACGGAAGAGGACUGCUCUGGAACGGUUUGAAAAGCGUGAGGCACUAAAACUUCGCAGGAGAGAGAAUGCCGCUAAAGAAACAGCUGCACAGGCUCUAAUGACUUUGCAAACUGAAGCCUUAGAAAAGGUUCAAAUGGAACAAGAUUUGCAAGAGGAAGCAGCAGAGACUUUACUGAGUCUGCAAGUGCAUCAGCCAUCUAUGUCAUGUCAAUCUGCACAGCAAGCUUCAACUUCAACUUCUUCCCCUUCAGAUACAGUAAGUGCAGCCUCCAUUGAGUUAGAGUGUAGGAGACUGUUGGAGGAAAAUCAUCAUCUCAAAGAAACUGUAGAACAUUUGUCACUGUCAGAAAACAGCUUCAAAGAUGAUGACAAGGUCAAAUUCUGCACAGGUCUUCCAUCAUUAACACUACUUCAAACUGUUCUUCAGGAGAUUUCACCAUUUCUGAACACUCAUCCUAAAGCAGUUCUUUCAAAGUUCCAGCAGCUAUUAAUGACACUUAUGUACCUUCGUCUUAACCUCUGUAAUCAAGAUUUAGCCUAUAGAUUUAAUGUGAACUGCUCAACUGUUUCAAGAACAGUUAAUAGUGUGAUUGAUGUGCUUUAUGCAAGGUUGGUUCCCAUGGCUGUGUUUUGGCCUGAAAGAGAAGAAUUAAGGAAAACCCUUCCAAUUGUGUUCAGAUCUGUAUAUCCAAAGUGUACAGUGAUCAUUGACUGCUUUGAAGUCACAAUGGAACGAUCAAGUGACCAAAGGGCCAAGUCGCAAACAUACUCCAGUUACAAGGCCAGGAAUACCUUGAAAUAUUUGAUUGGUGUUGCACCUCAAGGAGCAAUCAUUUUCAUUUCAAAGGGAUGGGGGGGGGGUCGAGCAAGUGACAAACACAUAACUGAAAAUUGUGGUAUCUUGUACAAAUUGCAACCAGGCGAUGAAGUGCUGGCAGACAGAGGUUUCAACAUUCAUGAUUCAGUAGGUGUAUAUGGUGCGACCCUAAAAAAACCUGCCUUUACUAAGGGCAAGAGCCAACUAAGUAAGGAAGAAGCCGAGACCACAAGAAAACUUGCUUCAGUACGAAUACAUGUUGAGAGAGUAAUAGGUUUGGUCAGGCAGAAGUACGAAGUAUUGAAUGGUCCUGUAGAGAUCUGUAAGCUAAUGAGGAAAGAUGAAAACAUGACAACAUUUGAUAAGGUUGUGCAUGUAGCCUGUGCCUUGACUAACCUAUGUACUUCCAUUGUGCCAUUUGAUUAAAUCAGGAUGUUGCCAAAUUGUUGAUCACACUUCUGCACAGGCUGGAUGUUGAAGAAAAUCGUCAACGUUCAUAACAGAAAUAAUUUGUUCACAACUAAAAAAAUGCUGUCCAAGAUUGGAAACACAACUUGUGUGCUUCAUAAUCAUUCAAAGUGCAUGUUCACAAUUGGAACUUGUACGUGCAUAAUUUUUAGGGGAAAUUACAAGCAUAAUUAGACGAAAUAAAAAAAAAACAUGUUAAGCGUCCCCGCCCGCUUCCUUUUUGGAGGCCGCCUCCUUUUUUUUUAAACGGAAAAAAAUGUUUUAUUGUCAACAGUGACAUUAUUUUGGCCUCUUUAUCCGUUGCAUGUAGCCCAUAUAAAGCUGUUACGUCAUUUCCUGAGUAAAAAAAACCCAAAAAACAACUGGCAGCCAUCUUGAAAAAU